AUGAUGGAAUACGCACAAUACCAGCAACAACCGCAAAGCGCACACUCACAGCCGCACAUUCAGACAGGGUAUCCUACCUCUGCAGGCGGCAACAGCAUUACUUCGCCGUCCACGCAACAUCUGUCGCAAACAUCACCGAUACUCCCUUCGCAACAACAUCAGCCCUCGCCAACACAGCAACACGGCAUGUACCAACCAGGGUAUGGGGUGGCCCAACAAAAUAUGCACUAUGGCCUGCAAGGGAUGCAAGCUGCUGCCAUGGCGGCCACCGCCGCCGCUGCCGGCUCUUCGUAUCCGUACAUGCCUUCCGAUCCCAGCCUGCAGCAGUCGCCGAGGAUGUCGGGUGUCGGCGCGAAGAAGGAUGCCAGGGCGGGGCCGCGGUCGCCUCAGCAGAUGGCCAACAUUCCCCAGCAGCGGAGGCUCAGCCAGGUCGCCAGCCCCGGCGUCCCUAACGCGCCCACGAUGCUGAACCACGGCGGCCCCCGCACGGCUGUUCCCCCUCCCAUGUCAGCCGCGCAGCAAAUGCCGCCGCCUCAAUCCCCCGAGAUGGCGUCUGGGGCUGUUGAGGAGUCGCCCCUUUACGUCAACGCAAAGCAAUUCCACCGCAUUCUUAAGCGACGAGUAGCUCGGCAGAGACUGGAGGAGGCGCUUCGGCUGACUAGCAAAGGCCGGAAGCCGUACCUGCACGAAUCGAGACAUAACCAUGCUAUGCGCCGGCCUCGUGGUCCCGGCGGGCGCUUCUUGACAGCCGAGGAGGUCGCACAAAUGGAGAAGGACAAGACCGGUGGCGGAGCCGGCGAGAAGACGGAGGAACAGCCGGCGAGCACCAAGACUGCGGCGGGCGGGACGAAGCGCAAGUCGGAAGGCGGCGCGAACGGGCCGCCCAAGAAGACCAAGCGGGCGAGAUCGACCCCCGAAGACGACGAAGACGAAGACGAAUGA